GACCAAAACCUGGAGACUUGUACAAGAUUUUCACGUAAUAUAUGGUGCAGUUUUUUAUGUUAUAAGAAUUCUACUGGUGACCACAUAUGCUCAUAAGAAAUGAUGGGGAGUUUGGUUGUUCAAUUCCUGCUCUGUUGUUUACUCAUCAUUGUUCCAUGCUCUGCUGAACCCGAGUACCUCUAUCAUAUUUGUCGCAAUCACACAGAUUACAGACCCAAUAGUAUUUAUUUGGCCAACCGGAAGUCCCUGCUCUCGACUCUUUCGUCGAAUGCUACACGAAACCAUGGCUACUACAAUUCCACAGCUGGUGGGAAUUCUAACGAGAUCGUUUAUGGUGCUUCUCUCUGUCAAGGAGAUCUUGUUGCCAAAGAUUGUCGAGAUUGUGUCACUGCAGCAAGCGAAGAUAUUGGAAAUAAGUGCCCGAAUCAAACGUAUGGAGUCAUUUGGUAUGGAGAGUGCACGGUACGAUAUGACAGGAAGAAUUUUUUCACAUCUUUCGGUACAGGGGAUGAUUUACUAGAAGUACUAUUGUACAAUUCAGGCAAUGUCACAGACGAAGCGCAGUUUCAGCCAGUGUUUGCGAAUACUAUGAAUGAUCUGGUGACGAGGGCUUCUGAUGGGAAGCCGUUAAAUGAUCAAAUUAUUAAAGGUUUUGCAGUAGAAACUGCAAACCUGACUUCCCUACAAAGUCUGUAUGCGUUAGCUCAGUGUAUGCCUGACUUGCCUAAGAGGGAUUGUACUCGGUGCCUUCGAGGGGCUAUUAGUCUUCUGCAAACGCAUAAUAAUUCAGUAGGUGGCAGGGCUUUGGCGGCGAGUUGUACAGUUCGUUAUGAGAUGUACCCCUUCUUCAGAGAUAUAGCCAUUGCUCCUCCUCCCUCACAAGGAACAAGUCCUACUAGUCCUCCUAGGACGACAACUCCAAACACAUUUAACAGGCCUAAAGGAAAUGGAGGAGAUUCGUCGUCAAAACUGGUUGUCCCUAUUGUUGUUCCUAUAUGUGUUGCCCUGGCUAUUUUUUUCAUAGGAUACUAUUGCUUCAUCCACAGGAGGAAGAAAAUAGGUUCCACUCUACAAGAAGGAACUGGUAAUAUGAAAUUAUGCGGUGAUGAAAUUUCAACUGUAGAAAGUCUCCAAUUCGACCUGGCGACAAUUGAAGCAGCCACCAACAAUUUCUCUCCUGACAACAAGAUAGGUGCUGGAGGAUUCGGUGAUGUCUUUAAGGGUGUUCUUGCAAAUGGGCAACAAAUAGCAGUCAAGAGGCUAUCCAAAGGUUCUGGACAAGGUGCUAAAGAGUUUCAGAAUGAGGUUGUUUUAGUGGCGAAGCUUCAACACAGGAAUCUUGUGCGACUAUUAGGAUUUUGUCUACAAACAGAUGAAAAGAUUCUUAUCUACGAAUAUAUCCCCAACAAAAGCCUUGACAACUUUCUGUUCGAUCCUGAACGACAAAGGCAGCUGGAUUGGUCAAAACGUUACAAAAUAAUAGGAGGGAUUGCCAGAGGUUUGGUUUAUCUCCAUGAAGAUUCCCGAUUAAGAAUUAUACACCGGGAUCUCAAAGCUAGCAAUAUCUUGUUGGAUAAUGAUAUGAACGCAAAAAUAUCUGACUUUGGCAUGGCAAGGAUUCUGGGAGGGGAGCAAACUCAUGGAGAUACAAGUAGAAUUGUUGGAACUUAUGGUUACAUGUCUCCUGAGUACGCAAUGCAUGGACAGUUCUCUUCGAAAUCAGAUGUCUUCAGUUUUGGAGUCUUGGUUCUGGAGAUCAUCAGCGGGAAAAAGAACAAUAGUUUUUAUGAAUCAGACCCUGCUGAGGACCUGCUCAGCUAUGCCUGGAGACAGUGGAAGAACGGCACACCCCUGGAAUUAAUGGAUCCAACUUUAUCAGACUCAUAUUUGACAACUGAAGUAAUUAGGUGUUUUCAAAUUGGUUUAUUAUGUGUCCAAGAGGACGUCGAUGCAAGACCCUCUAUGCCUUCAGUGCUCACGAUGCUCACCAGUCACUCUAUCAGCGUUGCCUUGCCUAAACAACCGCCAUUCUACUAUCAUACGAAAUCAGGAUCACAACCCUCAGAAGGGCUUAUAUCUGAUCAAUCCACAAGCAAAUCAGUGACCAUAUCUGUUGAUGAUGUCUCGAUUACUGGAGUUUACGCAAGAUGAGGUACCAAAGUAAACUCAAUGUUAUAAUAUUAAUCAGAGCUGUAUAUGCUCAUUUUCCAUCCUUGAUUUUGUCCAUUUGGGUUCUAUUGGUUAUGCUGUUAUCGCCUCCACCUGUAUCAAUAAGCUAUAACUUGCACCAGAUGUUUCGCUCUAUAAGGGUUUGUGUGCUAUCUCAGCAACCUCUAUUCGUUAGUGAUUGCCGAUCUAAAUCCCCCCUGAUUUCUUUGAUUCCAGCUACAUGUACAUAUAACUUCUUUGCGCU